UAUAACUCAGUUUUGAUACAGUUCAAUAGAAACGUAUUUGUACAUUUCAUACUGUUGUGUUCGUGUGCCGGGGUUUCCAUAUGAGGGGGUAUUUCCCUCCGUUCUCGUGACGCUCACUUGUAAGCACAUUAUUAGCUGUGUUGCUAUCACUAAUGUGCAUUUCCACGGCGAAACCGGAACAAAAGUCCAUUCUUUCACACUGAACCGCUCGUAUUCUAAGCUCUAAGCCCUAGAACCAGCAUGACAUGCCAAUUAUGCCAUUAACAUGGACAAGUAUGAAAGGGUGAAGAAAAUUGGGGAAGGCUCAUUUGGAAAGGCUGUCCUUGUCCAAGCCAAGAAGGAUGGACACCAGUAUGUCAUCAAGGAGGUCAGCAUAUCUGGGAUGUCCGACAAAGAGAGACAAGAAUCCCGGAAAGAAGUUGCAGUUCUUGCAAACAUGAGUCAUCCCAACAUUGUUCAAUAUAAGGAGUCUUUUGAAGAGGGCGGGUGUCUGUAUAUUGUUAUGGACUACUGUGAGGGUGGAGACCUCUUUAAGAAGAUCAACUCUCAGAGAGGAACGCUUUUCUCGGAGGAGCAAAUCCUGGAUUGGUUUGUGCAGAUUUGCUUGGCACUAAAGCACAUCCAUGAUAGAAAAAUCCUUCACAGGGACAUUAAAUCACAGAACAUAUUUUUGACAAAAGAUGGGACUGUGCAACUUGGUGACUUUGGGAUUGCAAGGGUGCUUAACAGCACGGUAGAACUUGCAAGAACAUGCAUUGGAACCCCUUAUUACCUUUCACCGGAGAUCUGUGAAAAUAAACCGUACAACAACAAAAGUGAUAUUUGGGCUCUGGGCUGUGUCUUAUAUGAAAUGUGCACCCUUAAGCAUGCAUUUGAGGCUGGAAAUAUGAAGAACCUAGUUCUGAAGAUCAUCCGUGGCUCAUAUCAUCCUGUGUCUGUUCACUACUCCAAAGAACUGCGUUCUCUUCUGGGACAACUUUUUAAACACAACCCCAGAGAAAGACCAUCAGUCAGGAGUGUACUGGACAAACCUUUCCUUUCUUUCAGGAUCCAAAGGUUCCUCAAACCACAGGUGAUUGCUCAGGAAUUCCACCAAAGUUGUAUUCACAAGCAGCAUAAAGUGGGUGCGCAUCAGGGGUCAACAGCUAAGCGUCCUGCCCAUGGUUCCAUACCAUAUUCUGCAGCCAAGAUUACCACACCAGCAUGCAAAUACGGAGUGCCUUUAACUGCGAGGAAGUUGUCUGUAACAAAAAAACCUGCAGACAGGAAGCCUGCUAUGAAACAUAAACCGGCUCCUUCGUCCAUCCACAGAAGAGUAAGUCAAGGGGAGGAAGAUAGGCGAAAACAGGAGGUUAUCAAAAAAAGAAGGAUGGAGCUGAUUGAUAAAGAAAAGCAACACAGAGAGCAGAUUAGUCGCAUUAACCAUGCCAGGGAGCAAGGCUGGAAAAAUGUCUUGAUAUCAAGUACUGGAAGCCCAGAGAGGAAGUGUUAUUUAGGUGGUGGAAAGAUGGCUGCAGCUGUUGGCCCUUGCCCUGUCCCAAGCUCCACUCCGGCCUCUGUAUUAAGCAGAAAUCCUUAUGAAGAAUACCAUGCUGCACUUGACCAAAUGGCUAAACAACAAUCAAAUAAAAUGGGAAUCAGCAGGGAGGGAUCAGCUGGACCAGGCAGUCCCAUUCGUAAUGUGCCAGCCGCUGUUGGGCCAGUGCAUCCAAAUGGUCCUGCCCCACUCCUAAACCCAGAUGCAGUGAAAAGAGAACUACAGAGAUUGCAGCACCUUUCCAAACAGCCCCAUAUGAGCAGGCAGAAGACUCGCAUACCUGUUGAGCGGCCGUAUCAGGUUGAGGAGUUUUUACAGCGUAAAAGAGAAGCCAUGCGUAACAAAGUACGGGCCGAAGGACAGUUGGGUAAUCGGCAAAACCGGGCAGCAAUCUAUGGAGGCCAAGUUGGUUCAGCUCGCUUUACAAGCAAAGUCAACAAAGAGGAGGAGGAAUACUUAACAAGACUCAGGCAGAUUCGCUUGCAGAAUUUCAAUGAGCGCCAGCAGAUCAAAGCCAGACUUAGAGGAGAAAAGUUUGAUAGUGAUGGUUCAGACAGUCAGGAGUCAACUGAGGAGGCUGAAUUAAGGAGAAAAAAGAUAGAGGCUUUUAAAGCCCAAGCUAAUGCACGUGCUGCUGUACUGAAAGAGCAACUCGAGAAGAAGCGACGAGAGGCUGAUGAAAGAGAAAAGAAGGCAUGGGAUGACCAUAUUGCAGCUCGGGAAGAGAGGAUGUGCGUGGCAGGGGUAUCAACUACCUCUCAACCCACAUCUGUCAAAACUUCAGCCUUGCCAGAAUCUCAACCCCCAACUCCUGUUAUAUCCAUGACUCUUGCCCUGAAGAAUGUUGGAGCAAUUACUCCGUCAAAAGAGAACCUGCCUGGCACAGAGGCUGUCGUAGUCAUUCAGAGUGAGAAGAAGCAGAUCUUGAACAGACUUAAUCAGGAUCUAAAAGCUCAGAGCCCUGUGAAUGUAGUCUUGGAGCCGACACCCACUUCCCCCAAAGAGCAAAAAUCUGCAUCCCGACAGAUAUUGCCUGACACAGAGAAGCUUCCUUCCAUGGAAGAACGAAACAAGUGGGAUCCAGUAGAACUCCCUGUACUUCAUACCUCGCAGCCAACCUUGGAGGAGUUCAAUGUGACUGCUUCCACUGGUUUAGUUUCUCCAGGAGAUCGUCGUCCUUCUGGUGGAGACAGGAAAAAAUGGGAGGAUGCACUUCCAUUUGUUCUUUCUGUAGCCCAGCAAACUCUAGAGGAGACAUGCAUCCCAACAAUAGAACCAACAGCGGGUGAGGUGAUCGAGACGUGUGUGCUACAGGGUGAAGGUCAAAGGAAGAUGUGGGGAGUGAGUCCGGACUGUCAGAUACUGAAAGUACUCCACGAGGCAGCGGUUCAGCCGCUCACCCAACUUUUGGAGACCGUCACCAUCUGCGAAGAGGUUUUCCCUAGCCCUGAUAAGCCAAACCAGAUUGUCACACAGCAUGCAAUGAGUACACCUGAAGAGGACAAGACCUCCAAGGAUAGGACCGCUUCCAUUGUUGAGGUUGAGGUACAGACAGAAUAUGUUGCUCCAACAAAGGCCUCGCAUCCAGAAAAUGCUUGUGAAAAGGCAGGCCACACACUGGCAUCAAGUGUUGCUGAGUUGCAGGAUCCAGAAGAUGUGGAAUCAUUGAUUUUGGAAGACGUUCCUAAAGUGUCACACUCUUCAGUGAGCCUGCAUCACGCAUGGGAAAAGCAAGACCAACAGCCAAUGCUACCUGAGGUCAAUACAAACCAAGGAGCAUCAGCAGGGAAGGAGGUUUUAUCACAGGGCGAAGAGCCCCUGUUUAUGAAGUUGUGCUCUCCAGCUCACAAACGCACAUCUGCUCUUGCUCUACUCUCGGCUCAGUCUUCGGUGGAUGAAUCUUCUUCUCUCGCCUCUCGCUCACGCUCAGUUUCACCUCUACGCUCCAAGCAGCACAAUUCUCUCCUUAUUGGACUCUCAACAGGCCUGUUUGAUGCCAACAAUCCCAAGAUGUUGCGGACAUGCUCCCUUCCAGACCUCAGUCGAGUCUUCAGCUCUGAGCAGGACUCUGUCAUUACUACUGAAGACAACGUAGCUUCAGACGGCAACCUGGAGAAUGAGGACCAGAACGAAGCCAAAGAUGAUGACCAGUCAGAGGCAGAGGAUGCAUAUGAGGAUGAAGACCUGCGGGACAUCAGAGCAUCCAUGGAGCGACUGCUGCAAGAAGAAAGUGACUUAAUGAGGAACCGACCACAUGAUGGAAGAGGCGACUUUAAUGGAAAUUCUACAGUUGGAGAUGACAAAGACCUUUUCAACGGGAUCAUAGUAGAACUUGAGCAGGACAACAGUCAGAUGGCUGUAGGUGGUGAUGAUGAUGAUGAUGAUGAUGACAAUGAGGAAGAUGAAGAGGAUGAAGAAUGCUCGAAUGGGAGUCCCGCUGAUGAGGAAGCAGGAGAGCUGCUCAGCAAUGGUGUGGGAGAAGAGAGCCAUGUUAAUAAAAGUCAUUUUAAUGAAGAAUGGCAGUCAGAUAACAGUGAGGAGGACCAGGAGGGAGAGACUGAGGUUUAUGAUAGCAUCUACAGUCGCUUGGAGGAGCAUCGCUUUAACUUGGAGCAGCAGAUGGGCUUUGAGAAGUUCAUUGAGGCCUACAAUAAAAUAAAGGCAAUACGUGAUGAUGACGAUGAUAAUAUUGACCUUGGCUCCAGUUUGGCAUUCAGCAUUUUGGGAACUGAGCACCAGCAUCUGUAUCCAAACAUCCUUCAUCUUGUGAUGGCAGAUGGCGUAUACCAAGAAGGCAAUGAUACGUCUUUAAAGAAAUGGAGCCAAUGGCAGCUCUGAGAAUUUGCAUUUUAUCCAAAGUCUUCCUGAAACCUUUCAGGAUCAUCUGCGGUCUGCCCAGUAAAUAACAUGUCUCCUGUAGGCUGUUGCUUUCAUACUUUGACUAUCAACUGUUGAAACGAUCUUAUAACCAGUGUUGAUUUAACUUUGAGUUAGUCAUCACGUCUUCUGUCUUGUCUUUGAAUAAAUGGAAUGCACAUUUCAGCGAUUUGUAAAUAAAACUUGGAACGUCUCAUCA